AUGUUAGGCCGCUAUGGGCUGAAGACAUAUGUCACCCCCAGUGAAUCCUGGGAUUGCAGCCAAAGGAAGAAGGCAUGCAGGACAGUGGUUCAGGCCGACAUAGUGUUUCUGGUGGAUGAGUCCUGGAGCGUGGGUCAUAAAGACUUUUCCAGAAUCAAAGACUUCAUCUCAGCCAUCAUCUCCUCCUUUCAGGACAAUGUGGUCGGAGCUGAUGGGGUCCGUUUUGGAGUCACUGUCUUUGGGGAUGUUCCAAGAAUGCGGAUUGCUUUGACAGACUACAAUUCCCUUGAGGAGGUACUCAGAGCCAUCAAAGACCUUCCCUAUGAAGGUGGAUCCAGGAGGACUGGCAUGGCACUCCAGUUUCUGGUCGACUCUGUUUUCAGCCCCGUCAUCAGGCGGGAUUCUGUCCCGAAGAUUGCUGUUUUGAUCACAAAUGGACAGUCGGACGACCAGGUCAGUGCUGCAGUCAGAGCAGUAGCAGACAAUGGAAUUACUGUCUUUGCAGUAGGCCUCACGGGGGUUGAUGAGGCAGAGCUUAGGAGGGUUGUGUCGGAGCCACAUGCCGAGCAUCUAUUGCUGGUCACUGAUUUCUCUACCAUGGACACCAUCCUCCCCAAACUGUCCCGCAGAGUGUGCCUCACUGCCUCUGAACCCCCACGUCCUGUGAAAACUUCCAAGCCUAGCGAGGAACGUGUGGUGGGUCCCAGAGACCUUCAGGUUAGCGAACUGGCCCACAGUUCUCUUAGACUGACGUGGAGCCAGGCCACGGGUGAUGUCACCGGAUAUCGCCUCCUGGUCACUCCACUGAGCUCGGAGGGACAACUCCUUCCUGUGCAGCAGAGGCAGAUGGAUCUGAAGGCAGAUGUGAGCACAGCCAUGGUGACAGAGCUGAGUCCCAAAACCGACUAUUCCCUCACCGUCUAUGCCAUGUACCCAGGCCUCAUAGGAGACUCUGCGACAAUCAAAGUAAAGACAACGCCUUUGCCCGAAGUUUCAAACUUCCGUGUUAUUGAGGAGGGCCUGUUCUCCCUGCGCCUCGGCUGGACACCCCCCCAGGGGAAGCUAAAUGGAUUCAAGAUCUUCAUCCCGAGAUCCAACAGACCAGGAUUCAUUUAUGAGCAGCUGCUUCCCAGAGACAUUUCCUCUCAUGUGAUUGACAGUCUGGAGGAGGAUAAGAAGUACACUGUCAGUAUUUAUGCUGUGUACCCUGAAGGACCAAGUAAACCGGUUUCAGUAGUGGGGAAGACAUUGAAGUUGGUGCCAGUUCAUCAGUUUCUGGUCCAAAAUGCCACCACAGACACCGUUCAAGCAAGGUGGGCAUCAGUUAAAGGUGCUACAGGAUACCGUUUGACAUGGGCAUCUACAGAAGGCCACAUAGAAAACAUAAACCUCGGGGACAAUUUUAACUUCUACAUGAUACAGGGCCUCCACACAGGCUCUGAAUACACCAUCACCAUCAACCCCAUCUUUGGAGACAUUGAGGGGCCUAUCACCACUGCGAAAAUCAAGACAUUGGAAAGUAGUUCAGUACAGACUCUGAAAGUAUCUGCUGUGAGCACAAGUACUGCAGUCGUCUCAUGGAACAGUGUCCCGGGGGCUACAGGAUACAGACUGGCAUGGAGACCCACCCCAGAGUUUGUUGGUCGGGAUCGUCCCAGGCAAUUGGCUCUGAACACCAGCACUACACAGUACCAGCUGAAAAAUGUAGCCCAUGAUACGGAGUAUGUCCUGACGCUUUACGUGCUGUUUGGCGCUGCGGUUGGACCUGGCAUCGCUGCCACGUUCAGAACUUCUCCUUUGGGUUAUGUCUCUAACUUCAAGGUGACAUCCUACACAAGCACCACUAUAGAUGUGGCGUGGAGUCCCAUCGUUGGAGCCACCGAGUACAAACUCUCAUGGAAAACAGAUAAUAGCAAACCCCAAGUCCAGUACCUGGAUCGUAGCAUCCUCUUCCAUCGUCUCAAAGACCUGAAUCCACAGUCUACCUACACAGUCACCAUCUGUGCAGUGUAUGGCAACUCAGAGGGACCAGAAAUCUCCUUAUCUCAGCUCACAGCUGCAGUGUCAGAGUCAGAUCCAAUCCAGCCAGUGAGGGAGGUGAAGGUUGAGGACAUUGGAGUAAAUUCCUUCACACUAUCUUGGAAAAAAGCACCAGGGGCUUCUGGAUACAAAAUCUCUUGGAUCCCAUUUCUUGGGGGUGAUGAGAAGUCCCAUGUGGUAUCGGCUGAUUUUGCCUCCUACACCAUCCGCAACCUGCGAGAGAGCUCAGCUUACAAGAUCCAGGUGUCCUCCAUGGUGGGCAGCAGGGAAGGAAGCGCUGUCCUGGUCACAGCACGUACCUUGGAUCUUCCCAAAGUAGAAGGAUUUGUUGCUUUGAAUACAACAGAUAACAGUACUGUUCUGAACUGGACACGCGUAGCUGGUGCCUCAGGAUAUCGCCUCUCCUGGAGGCACAUCUCAGUGUUUGACACAAAAACAGAAAUCCUUGGCCCUGGAUUCACCUACUAUAAGAUCAGUGAUCUCUUGUAUGGCAGAACAUAUCUUUUCACCAUCAGACCUUUGUAUGGAGAAGUGGAGGGGCCUAUAAGCACCAUGUAUCAGAGAAUAUUGGGACCAGCUCGCCCAGCGUUAACAGUCCAGCCUGUGCCACCUACAGUGCCCCCCCAUUCCCCACCUAACACUGGGGACUCCCAGACUGCCUCUAUCAUCAACACAACCACUGCUCAAUCACCCAUGAGGACCACCUGGCACCCUGAUGUUGUGCUUCCAACUGAGUCCUUAACAACCAAGAAGCCCCACGUUCAGCCAAGUGUCACUGAGGGCAAGGCAGGAGUAGUCACGUCCUUUCGAUUAACCACACUGAGUAGAGUGACAGAGAAAAAAACACCACCACAACCAGUGUGCGGUAAGACCAAAGCGGAUAUAGUGUUCUUGGUGGAUGAGUCGUCGAGCAUUGGCACUGACAACUUUAGGAAGAUGAAAGACUUCAUAUUUCGAGUGGCUACAUACUUCCCCGUAAUUGGUUCACAGGGCACGCAGAUAGCUGUGGUUCAUUACAGCGAUGAGCCUCGCAUUGAAUUCCGCCUUAAUGACUUCAAAGACAGAAACUCUGUGCUCAGGGCUCUCAGAGCGCUGCGUUAUGGAGGGGGCAACACCAAAACCGGAAAAGGCAUCAGCUAUGUUCUGCAAGAACUGUUCCAGGAGGCUCAUGGGAUGAGGCAGGAUGUACCCCAUGUUCUGGUUUUGUUUACAGAUGGCAAGGCCCAAGACAAUGUGGUGCCACCCUCCAGAAUUGCCCGCGCCUUGGGGGUCAGCGUCCUGGCAGUUGGAGUUUCGAAUGCAGAUCGUGAAGAACUGAAUAAAAUUGCGGCUCCCACCAGCUACAAAAACAUCUUCUAUUCACCAACUUUUGAUGAUUUUCCCUCCGUGGAGAGAGAAUUUAUCAGAAGCCUCUGUAGCGACGAACUCAUCACAGAGUUCAAACUACAAGAUGAGGGUGCUCAGCUAGACACCCCCACUGAUGACCCAGAGGAGAUGCUUAAGCCCGAGGGUCCAUGCCUAACUCAGUGCAUGAAGGGCCAAAAAGGGGAAAAGGGAGACAGUUUGGGUCUUGGUCUGAGAUUCAGACAAAGCCCUGGAGAGUUUGAUCCUUUCACAUCUUCAAAAGGAGAAAAAGGAGAAAGGGGACUUCCUGGAACUGACGGUGUUCCUGGUUUGCCAGGUCGCCCAGGAAGAACUGGACCACCGGGUUCUGCUGGCCAACGGGGCCCUACAGGUGUUCCAGGUGACAUGGGUCCACCUGGGCUCCCUGGUCCAAAGGGACAGAGAGGAGAAAGAGGAGAGCCGGGAUACGUCAUAGCUGGUACAGAUGCAAAUUUUGUGCCCGGACGAAAAGGAGAGCCAGGCUCCUCAGGUCCCCCAGGACCUCCCAGUCUUCCAGGGGUCAAUGGAGCUCCAGGUCUGCCUGGUCAGCCAGGAUCACCGGGGCCACCAGGAAUAGCUGUCAAGGGAGAUCCCGGAGAGCCGGGUACAAAAGGCUUACGUGGGAAGCAGGGCGUGAAUGGAGACAAAGGAGAGCCGGGAAAAGAUGGCAUUGCAGGUUUGCCUGGUCCCAUUGGUGUUGAUGGGGGACCAGGACUGCCAGGCCAGAAAGGAGAAAAGGGUGAGGAGGGAGUUGGCAUACAAGGUGUUCAAGGUCCUCAUGGAGAGAAAGGAGAGAAGGGAGAUAUUGGAUUAGCAGGACCAGUUGGCCCAAAGGGUGAGCGUGGAGAGCAGGGCAUCCAGGGAAUCAUUGGACCUCGGGGGAAAAAGGGAAUGAAAGGGGAGCCAGGAGACAAGGGAGACCAAGGAGAGGUGGGACCAAUAGGACCACAAGGACCCCCAGGGCCUGCAGGACCGAUGGGAUUAAAGGGAGAUGAAGGUCCAAGAGGACCUGCUGGAGACCCGGCGAAGGGUGUAAUUGGUCCAGCUGGGAAAAAGGGGGCCAGGGGGGACAUCGGUCCAGUUGGUUCCACAGGCCCUCAGGGAAUAAAGGGAGAACAAGGAGACAAGGGAGAAAAGGGUAGUCCUGGUUUUGGGAUUCCAGGACAGCAGGGGCAAAAGGGAGAAAAUGGAGAAAGGGGAAAUGUUGGUUUAUCAGGAAAACCAGGACAAAAGGGGAAAGAUGGCUCUAAAGGUGAAAAAGGGAGCAUUGGAUUACCUGGCAAUCCUGGAGAACCGGGAUUAAGAGGUAAAGAUGGUGCACCUGGAGCUAUAGUAGAACCGGGAAUGAAGGGUGAACAAGGACCAGCUGGAGAGCCUGGUGAAAGAGGAAUCAGGGGUCCAUUGGGAUUACCAGGAAAACCAGGUGACACUGGAGAAAAAGGUGACCCUGGCAAGCCUGGCCCACCUGGUGCCGAUGGCAGAAAAGGUGACAAAGGAGAGGCGGGAAAGCCUGGACCUCCGGGAACACAAACUGGUUCAGACAACAUACUGACCAGAGUAAUUAAGGGCGAUCCUGGAGAGCCAGGUCAGCCAGGUUUGCGAGGAGAAAUGGGCCCGCCUGGGCCACAAGGUCCAGAGGGGAAACCUGGAUUACCAGGACAGUCUCUGGGUGAUUCUGGAAGAGAUGGAUUAGAUGGCUUACCAGGAAAACCAGGAAUGAAGGGUGACCAGGGACAGAAAGGAGAGCCUGGUCCGAAAGGAGAAAAAGGAGAUCAAGGCCGGGUUGGGAUUGCUGGGAUGCCUGGCUUACCGGGGACUCCUGGGAGACCUGGCAUUGAUGGGAAGAGGGGCCUGCCAGGAAAAGAUGGAGAAAGAGGACUCAAAGGAGAUGACGGCAAGAAGGGGGACAAGGGAGAUGCAGGUGCUGAUGGUAAAGAUGGUAGUAAGGGUGAACCAGGGCUUCCAGGUUUGCCUGGGAGGCAGGUGCUUGUCACUCCUGAGGGUGCUACCAUUGAUGAAAUCCGACAAGCAUUCCCAAUGCCAAUGGGUCCUCCAGGACCUACUGGUUCUCCAGGAUUGAAGGGUGAUAAAGGAGAAAAAGGCCUGAAAGGAGAAAAGGGUGACGCUGGAGCUCCAGGAAAAUCUCUUGAGAUGAAGGACAUCGAGACAAUGUUUGAAGCCUACGGUAUAAAGCUUCCUUUGCUGAAGGCUUUGAUUGACAGGUUGCUGCAGGAUGGCAUAGAGGAGCUGCUUCAUGUGCUCAGCAACUCCAAGAAAACAAAAGAAAACACAGAAAGGCACAACUCCAACGUCAUCGCUGACUACAAAAGUUCGGAGAAAUUUGACAUCACCAGCAGACCUUUGUCAAAAGCGGACACUUUUGAGGACACUGAUGUAGACGGCCAGCCUCCUGAAUCUUUCUUUGUUGACCCUUUAAAUGAAACUGCAGAGGAUCCAACUUUAUGGACCGUCAACACGCUGAAUGGAGAACCGGAGCACGACACGAUUGAGGCCAAUUUAAAGGAGACAGUAGACAGUACUGGAACUUCCUUCAAAGUUAAUCUGACUGUAGUCAAUUCUACUUCCAAUUAUACAAUGACCAAUGAGGAGGACUCACUGAAGAAGAAUUCAGGACAAAAGAAGAAGAACAGGGAACGUGGGAAAGGCAAAGGAAAUAAAGGACGACAUAGGAGGCAGAGACAACGCUUGACAAGUGAAGAGGCCAGGCAAGACGAAGAAGACGAGUUUUAUAACGGCGAGGAUUACAGUUAUGAAUACGAGGAAGAACUUACCACAAUUGACCCCUUAAUCCCUCGGGACUUCGGGGAAAACAGACAGCUUGAAGUCCAAACAGAUGAAUUUCCCCAUCCAGUGGAUGAUAAGGAACAAUUGCUCACACCCAGUCCUGCCCAGGUCGAGACCUUAAGUCAACCUAUAACAGUCUUCUCAGACAGAGAAACGGAUGCACAGGUUAUCUUGCCAACCACAGAGUCACCCUCUCGACCCUCUGAUGAUAUAGAGAAGUCUACACCUCCUUCGGCAACAGAAGAACCAGAUCAGGAAAUCUCUUAAUUCCCGAGAGACUGAGACUAUAGAGUCUUAAUCAUUCAUAAGAAAGCACUACACGGAGAGUGCGAAUAAACUGUGAACCGUUUUCUCUGGUGAUGAACCCUGAACAACGUCGUUUCAUGAGGGGGGACUUCUUUCUGCACAGAGACAAUGUCACUCACCAAAAAAUACCAUAUACCAUACCAGAGUGUUCUCUUGUUGUGGCUUAUAGAAAAUUAGGCACCUGAAAACUGUCCUCGUAUGUAGGUUGUGUUUUUUUAAGCUUGGUCAGUGUAAAAACCAGUGUAGCUUUACUUACCUGCCAGAAACUCCUAAUUUAUUUAUGACAAGUAUUUUUCAGUA